AUGGGCGCGAAGAACAAGAAAAACAAUGAAGCAGAACAGAAGAAUGAAAAUGAUAAUAACAAGAAGAAAGACAAUGGAGGAAAUGAUAAUGUUACUGCGGUUUUGAAGGCUGAUUUGCACUGUGAUGGCUGCGCAUCCAAAUUACUAAAAUGCAUUCGCUCUUUUGACGGUGUGAAGUCUUUGACCAUUGACGAAUCUCAGAAGAUUACGGUUAACGGGGAAUUCGAUCCGGUGAAACUCCGGGAAAAAGUUGAGGAGAGAACUCACAAAAAAGUGGAACUGAUUUCACCGGGACAACCCAAAAAGAACGACAAGAAUAAAGAGAAGAAUGAAAAAGACAAAGAAAAUGGAAAAGAAGACAAAAAUACCAAGAAUAACAGUGAAGGCAAAACUUGCAAGGACAAGAAGCCGUCUGUGACGACCGCGGUUUUGAAAGUGCACUUACACUGCGAGGGAUGCAUACAGAAAAUCCACAAGAUUGUGACCAAAACAAAGGGGUAUGAGGAUAUAAAAAUAGACAGACAGAAGGAUUUGGUGACAGUGACUGGAGCAAUGGACAUGAAGGCUCUAGCUGAGACUCUGAAGAAACAUUUGAAGAAAGAGGUUGAAAUUCUGCCUCCCAAAAAGGAAGGUGGCGGCGAUAAGGGGAAAGGCGGUGGAGGUGGCGGCGAUAAGGGGAAAGGCGGUGGCGGUGAUAAGGGGAAAGGUGGUGGCGAUGAAGAAGUUGGUGGGAAUAAGGGGAAAGGUGGUGGUGGUAAGUGGAAGGAUGGUGGCGGUGAGGAAGGGGGUGGAGGAGAGAACAAAAUGCAGUUCCAAAUUGGGAAUCCACAUCCGUAUAUGUACGGGCCGGGUCACAUGGGCGACCAGUUUCAAUACCAUCCACAUGUGUAUGGACCAUACCAUGCACCCCAAAUAUUUAGCGACGAGAAUCCAAAUGCGUGCAGUGUUAUGUGA